UGAUCGCUUCCUUUGGAAAAAUUUGCACCACCAGCUCUUCCCUUGGACCGCCGCCAAUCCGGACCUAUCCUCUCCUUGCAGAUGUUUGCAUUCAAUUAUUUUCGUCCCUGCCAUGGCGAGCUCUCUUCCAGUUCACGAUCGACUUGCUGCCGCCAUGCACGGCCGCCGUUUGUUCACCGUCGUCGUGCUCAUCUUCGCGCUGGUCACGCCGCCGGCCGAUGCGGUCACCGCGGCCUGCAACAGCACCGGCGGCACCUACACGAGCGGUAGCGCAUACGACAUCAAUCUCAGUCGAGUCGUCGGCGGUCUCCCCACCAACGCCUCCGCCUCCCCUGAGCUCUUCGCCACCGCCACGGUCGGCACCGGCGGCGGCGACAACCAGACCGUGUACGCCAUCGGGCUCUGCCGCGGCGACAUGGCCGCCGACUCCUGUCUCCUGUGCCUCCAGUCGAGCUUCAGUGACGCCCAGGGCUUCUGCCCUUCCGACAUGGACGUGAGCAUGGACUACGACUCCUGCCACAUGCGCUACUCCGGCGCCGACUUCCUGGCGGCGUCCACAAACAACUCGGUGCAGCAGGCCGUGUUCAGCAGCUUCCCCGCCGUGACCCCCUCCUCCGCCGCCGCCGCGUUCAACGGCCUCGUGGCCCGGCUCCUCAACGCGACGGCGGAGUACGCGGCGGCCAACUCGAGCCGGAGGUUCGCCACGGGGGUGAUGGAGGUGGACAGCGGCUACUCCCAGGGGAAGUUCUCCAACAUCUUCGCGACGGCGCAGUGCACGCCGGACCUGACGCCGGCGCAGUGCCGUGGGUGCCUGGCGGCGGCCAUGGCGGACAUGCCCAGUCAGGUGUACGCUCGGAACUCGACGGGGGCGAGCCUUGUUGGAGAGCGCUGCGGCUUCCGUUUCGCCCCGUAUCAGUUCUACAACGGCGACAUCAUGGUGCAGCUGCGAGUUGGUGAGCCUCCAGCAGGAAAAAAGACAGCAACGACUCUAGUUCUAGCAAUAGUACUUGCAGUACUGGGUGGACUAUGUUCACUCACAUUAAUUAUAUUUUGCCAUUGGAGGAAGAUAAGGUCACCAAGAAAAUCGUCACUCUUCAUAAAUGUAGAAGACAUAGAAAGUUUUGAGUCCAUCUUUAUCAGUCUGUCCGUACUUCGGUCAGCAACAAGCAACUUUGAUGAAAAGAACAAACUUGGUGAGGGAGGAUUCGGUGUUGUUUAUAAGGGUGCCCUGCCAGAUGGCCAAGAAGUAGCAGUGAAGAGACUCUCUGAGACCACAACGCAAGGACUAGGACAGAUGACGAAUGAGCUAGCUUUGCUAGCUAAGCUGCAGCACAGGAAUCUUGUUAGGAUCGUGGGUGUUUGCUUGGAGGAAGGCGAGCAUUUGCUUGUGUAUGAUUACAUGCCCAACAAAAGCCUUGAUACCAUUAUCUUUGAUCCUGAUAAAAGCAGGCAGCUUGACUGGGGGGCGCGAUUCAAAAUAAUAAAUGGAAUUGCCCGAGGCAUGCAGUACCUGCACGAGCAUUCCCAGCUGAAGAUAGUCCACCGUGAUUUAAAAGCGAGUAAUGUUUUACUCGAUGCAGACAUGAGACCCAAGAUUUCAGAUUUUGGUCUGGCAAAGAUUUUUGAGGACGAUCAAACCAGACAUGUCACAAGCCGCAUCAUUGGAACACGAGGUUACAUGUCCCCAGAAUAUGCCAUGCGUGGACAGUACUCGGCCAAGCUAGACAUAUUUAGCUUCGGUGUUCUAGUCCUGGAGAUAGUGACAGGCCGAAGAAACAACUACGCAGUGAACUCUGAGCAUUCUCCAAACCUCUUCUGUCUUGUGUGGAAGCACUGGGUGGAGGGAACAAUCGCACAGAUAGCAGACCCUAGUCUGGGCAGGCACUACCCCAUGGCCGAGGUUCUCAAAUGCAUCAAUAUUGGGCUGCUUUGUGUCCAGCAGAGCCCUACGGACCGGCCAUCGAUGUCGGCGAUCGUAGUCAUGCUCAGCAGCGACACCGUUGCCGUGGAAGCUCCCUACAGGCCAGCUUAUGUCGACAGGAGCAGGAGCUACACGGAGAUGACAGUAGAGCUUAUCAAGGAAAAGGAAGAGCUGUGUUCGCCUCAGUCGUCCAUCACAGAGCUCAUGCCAAGGUAGACAGAGAAUUUCCCAGAGUAAAUAUCCAUCUGCAGGAACAUAUAUAAGCAGCCCAGCAGGCAUAACUAUAUUUAUUUCAUAAAUUCCAAUCAAACAAUUGCACGAUCGGCAUAGGCGUAUACUGUAUUCAGUGUGUAACUGUGUAUACUGCAUAAAUACUUAGGUGAUGUAAUUGGACUGUAUACUGCUCAAAUGCUUACAUAAUGAUGUUCUUACAAUAAAAUUGAAGACAGGCACGCUGGCACAAAUUUUCCAUUGCAUCA